UGAUUAUUUGCUACUUCACUUGCAGUUCACUUAAAUCUAUCACAAUGCAUUCUUCUAUUCUUGCUGCAAUUCUUCUCCUUUCUCUCCUAAGUUUUACUGUUGAAAGUCGAAAUCUCCACCACAAAGAUAAUGAAUCUAGCCCCAGUGGCACCCGAUGGGCAGUUCUAAUCGCUGGAUCAAACGGUUACGGAAACUAUAGACAUCAGGCUGAUGUUUGCCAUGCAUAUCAAAUUCUGAAAAGCGGAGGAUUAAAAGAUGAAAAUAUAAUAGUUUUUAUGUAUGAUGAUAUUGCUUUUGCUGAAGAGAAUCCAAGGCCAGGAACUAUAAUCAAUAAACCAAAUGGCAUUGAUGUUUACUAUGGAGUCCCCAAGGAUUAUACUGGUGAAAACGUUACUGCCAACAAUUUUCUGAAUGUUAUUCUUGGAAACAAAACUGCUCUCACCGGGGGCACUGGCAAGGUUGUGAAUAGUGGCCCAAAUGACCAUAUUUUUAUAUACUACGCUGACCAUGGUGCCCCUGGAAUGCUUGGAAUGCCUCCUUCUGGUGUUCUUUACGCAAAAGACCUGAUUGAUGUAUUGCAGAAGAAAUAUGAGGCCAAAGCAUAUAAAAAAAUGGUAAUUUACGUCGAAGCAUGUGAAUCUGGGAGUAUGUUCGAAGGACUUCUUCCAAAAACUUGGAAUAUUUAUGCAAUGACGGCAUCAAAUUCAUCAGAAGACAGCUGGGCUAUGUAUUGUCCUCAAUAUUAUCCCUCUCCUCCAGCUGAAUAUGAUACUUGUUUGGGUGAUUUGUUCAGUAUUUCUUGGUUGGAAGACAGUGAAAAACAUGAUUUGCAGAAGGAAACCCUGGAGAAACAAUAUGGAGUGGUGAGAAGGAGAACAGGAUUUGAUUAUUUAGACUUCAGUUCUCAUGUAAUGAGAUAUGGAAACAUAAAGAAGAUACAGAAUGAUCCAGUCUCAACUUACAUUGGAACAAAUCCACUUAAUGACAACUUCACUUUCACUGCUCAAACCUCCUCAUCUUUGCCACCAAAAAUCAAAAUUCUUAACCAACGCGAUGCUGAUCUCAAUUAUCUUUGGCAAAAGUUCAAUAAAGCACCCAAUGGCUCUAAUGAGAAGAUUGAGGCUCAAAAGCAACUUAAUAAGGAAACUUUUAAAAGGCGACAAGAGGAUUUCAAUAUUCAACAGAUUUCAACGAUUUUAUUUGGCUUUAAAAGUGGACAAAAUAUGGUGCAAUAUAUUCGACCUGCCAGCCAACCUCUUGUCGAUGAUUGGGAUUGCUUCAAAAUGUUUGUGGGACUUUAUGAAGAGCAUUGUGGAAGCUUAUCAACGUAUGGAAAGAAGUAUGCAAGAGCAAUGGCAAAUAUGUGCAAUGCUGGGAUCAAUAAGGAGAAGAUGAUUAUGGCAUUAAGCCAAGUUUGUAAACCAAAUUGAUGAAAUAUCAUUUACAUUAAAUACUAUAUCACUAAUAAAUAAUUGAUUUCUGAUUCAA